GAGAGCUGUGAUUGGUCACAGCUUGUCACAUGGUACAAUGCUUUUGUGAAUAGCCUUGUACCAUGUGACCUCUGUGAUCAUUCACAGAUUUCACACAUAGUAAGCAAUGAUAUCAGCAAGUGACAUUUUGCUUACUAUUAUUCAUGUGAUCACUGAUUGGCCAAUCAGUGAUCACAUGAUCGGGACCUCACACAGAGGUCAAGUGACAUCUUGCUUACUACUAUUCAUGUGAUCACCGAUUCGUGAUCUCUGUGCCACGCACUCCCAGGGAGAGCGCACAGGCUACAAUUGCGGGCGCCGUCCAGCCGUUUAUA